AUGAUUAGAAUCUCUACCGAAAAAGCUAUACUUUCCGAUAGAAAUAUUGUGCAGAAAUGGGAAAAUGAUCCAAUAAUCGGUGUUGUUAAUUACGAAAAGUUCGAUGAAGAUAGUCUUCGACUUAAUAGAUCACAGCCACAUUUGGUAGCGGUAUCAGCUACGAUUUUUGUUAUUUCUAAUUUUCAAGGAAUCGAUUAUUUAGGGAUUUCUCUCCCAGUGAAAAAUCUACCUAUGACAGCUUCAUUCGUGUUGAAAAAAGACUUAAAUCCGAAGCAUUUUUCCGAAGUUUCAGAAGUUAGAUCUUCUAGGCUAAUAGGCGAGAAUGUCGUUUAA